AUGGGUGCAGGGCACAGCCAGAGACCCCCCAGGACCACCCUGAUUGGCUGCUGCCCAGAGUCCUACGGCAAGUCCCUGACCGUGACAACUGCCUCCCUGCAAACUGUCUUAGAGCCCGAGGACUGCUGUGCUUGGACGAGCCUGUGGGCCACGCCAGAGCUGGCUGAUGCUCGCUGGGCACCCGCAGACUACCGACCGCAUCAUCCAGAAGGACGGAGGAACUGGCUGUGCUGGACCUGUGAGGGAGAGCACGCGGACAGAAGCCCGCGUGUUUUCCAGCAGCUGAGCUUGUUCAGGAACGAGGAGUGCGGCUGCAGCAGCAACAGGCCCUGCCGGGAAUGCCCGCUGGGACCGGUCCUACGGGGAAGGCACGUCCCGGUGCUGCAGGAAGGGGCGGGGAGCCAGGAGAAGGACCGCCAGGAGCCAGGGGCCCUGGAGCAACAUCAAAAGAGGGAUGUCGCUGAGUCCAGGCCCUUCAGCCCACAGGGCUCCCCGGAGGCGGCCACCGUGCUGGCAUCGGGGGCACUGGGGCUGCGCAGCCCCCUCGCUCGGAGCUGCAACUCUCCUGCGGGGCCGGUCUCUGCCCAGCCCGGCUGA